AUGCUACCACCAUUUCGUAUAAAGGGCAUCGUUGGACACCCCUUACACCGGCGACGCCGUUCUAGAAACGAUGAUGGUCUCGAGUCUGAUAGUGCUUCGAUCCUAAGUCCGGAUAACCAGUAUAGGGCGGAGUUCGAAGUCCAAGGCGAUGGAGUAGUCCAGGUCACCGCAAACGAGUAUGACCGGACCAUAGAGCAAAUUCCGGAAGCCAGACUUCAAUAUCAGGAUGAGGAUGAUGGCGAAACCGUGAUUGUCGGCUCAUCAUUAGAACUUUCGCAGCUUAUUGGUGAACUUCUACCAAAUAGCUAUCGCCUGCCUUUGAGCAAACUCAACGCUGAAAAUGACCCUGUUAUGCAUACAUUUGAGAUCCAACAAACUCUGCCAGUGGUAGACGUUUGGCGAAACUUUCGUUUGAGAACUGUGACCAACAGUAUCUCGGGGCAACCGUCCUGUCAGCUAAUAUCCCCAAGCACUGGUUAUCGCUCAAAUGCGAGUUACUGCCUGAAGACUGGGUCCCCAGAUCCCCCAUACGCUACAAACAAACCAUCUGUUGUUCAAGCAGAUACCCUGAAUGAGAGCGCCCCUUCAGGACAGCAUGAAUGCUGUUUAGGUGCAGUAGCGAAUAUGGGAAGUAAUAAACAGUAUCCUAUGAAGGACACAUCAUCUGGUAUAUGGAAUGGUCCAAACCAUGAUACGGAGCUUGAAUCAUUUGGUGAAGGUGUCUCGACGGAAAGGAAGUUUAUCACUGAAGAGGGGAAGAAGCAGGUAUAUUGCCUAUUCCAGAUAUCAAUUAGACGUGGACAAACUAACACUCUUAAGGCGUAUGCUGCUGGGAAACGUAUGCGCGAAAUUUAUAAGGCAUACUGGCGUGGCUCGUAUCGUCCAGAACUAGAAGAAGGCCAUACGACUGGUACUUCUGGAGAUUUCUGGAGCACCUACAAACCAACUCAUCAAUUUUCUGGACCUUCCCCUAGCAUAAGAGAAAGGGAGCCUGAUAGCCCAGAAUCCCCCAUUGAAGCAUCCCCCAAACCACUCUUAUCAGAGUUUGAAGCAGAGCUAUCCCGGCUCAUGGCACAAAACUCAGGAUUGGAGUCACAUCCUAAGCCUAUUGAUGAGCCAGCAGCAGCAACAGCUAAGGAAUCCACUUCCGACUCAGCCUCUACAGCCGUGCAAGGGCCGGAAAUAGGGCCGUCAGAGAACAAUAAUGCUCAGCCGACUUCACGCCAGGCUACAGAGGCCUCGGAAGCGAUAUCUCAUAUUGUUACAGUCUUUGGAAAGUCUUUCCAAUCCCUCCUAUCUCGAGUAUCCAUCCUUACAGCCGAGUUAGCAGACAGGUUGCCUGAGGUUGAGCAGAGAGUUACAGACUUACAUCAUCAGAUCCCCGAUCAGAUGCAAGCAACCAUCCACGAAACCCUGCAGGUCAUGGGGGGCCAUAUUCAAACUUUAGCAGGAGCUAUGCAACAGGCCGCUACAUCGGCAAGGUCAUCCUCAAUUGCAACCAGCGAAGCAGAGAAAGUGGUUACUGCUCAGCUGAAUAAUUUGCGGAUUCUUGCAUCCGACAUACGGGAUAUCGGCGGUUCACUCAUUGCAGGUGUUGAGAAAAGUCUCAAGCCACGGGAUAACAGUGCUAACAAAGGCACGACGGACGCAUCGUCAGCUCCUGAAACAGUUAAUCCUGCAACAAAAGACAUCUUUAUCGGUAACCUACCUCCAGACGCCACAGAGAAUUCAGUUAUUUCUGUGCUUGCAAGCCAGGGGUUCGUCGGGACUGUGACGUUUCCCAGAGAUAGUCUAACAGGCGAGCAUGCCGGCUUCUGUUAUGUUCAUUUCCCUUCUACCUACGCUGCGGAUGCAGCACUACAAGCGCUUCGAGGAAAACUCAUUGGUGACUAUACCAUUAACGUUGAGCCCGCAAAUGAGCAUUCACUCCCAGAGUCAAGCAAUGCCGCCGAGUCGUCUGGCACUGGUAUCCAACACCCUACCCCCGAACUUCCACCCUUGACAACUAAUACCAGGAGGCCCGGUUUUCCAUCGUUCGUUCCAGUGAGUGAACUAGAUAAUGAUACUAGCAAUAUCGUACCUUCGGAGCAAAAUUUUCCAACGUCAUCCCUAUGUGAGCAAGCCGCUAUCCCAAUUCCUGAGGUGCACGGCAAUACUCAAACACAACCAAACACCGCAUUACUUGAUAAAUCCGAGGCAAACCUUGCCGAACGAUAUCCGCCACUCUUUGCAUCUCAAAGUACCGACAAUCUCAGCACAAGGCCAACACCACCCGAUACAUACCCUGGGGCUAGUCUCCUUUCUGCUCUUAACGACGAUGGCUGCGGACUGAGUCGGUACCCUUCGAUGCAACAGCUCGAACAGCAGCAUCUUUUUAUGCACGGCCCUUGGCCAACCCCGGAUCGGCCAGCCCCCAGGCCUCGCACUACCUAUGAAAAUAACAUUAACCUUGCUAGCACUGGAGAACAGUUAGCACCUCCAGUUCCUAGUCGAAUCCCAGGAUCAUGGCCAUGGGACCAAGAUAGCCAGAGCAGCAUACCUUCAAGGCCCAAUGCUAAUGAAAGUCGAAGCGAACAUGACACCUCUCAUGGCCCAAGCCACAUCAAUCCCCCAGUAUUAUCGGAUCUUUCCAGCCCAUUCAAUCCACACCGCGCAUCCCCAUUUCUGGCGUCAAACGUGCCUGGGCUGCGUCGAAGUGCAACGGAACGUGUGCGGAGACCGCGCCCAAGCCUUUUCGGAAAUAACCCUUACCCACAAAGACCUCUUAGCAGCCAUGAAUUAGCAGAGAUUAGCGCUGCCUGUGAAAACCCUUCGGACCUUCCUGGAACCUUCCCCCGCGAAGCUCCGACGGCAGCUGUAAUUGAAGCAUCAUCAAACGACUCAACAGAACUCUGUCUAUCACAAUUGAGAGCCUUGGGUUUCGGCGACGAUAGAUCUCAAGAUGCUAAUAGGCUCCGUAUAUUCGCCGAGGCUGCUAAUGGAGACCUGGCAGACGCAAUUGAGAUGAUCGAGGAGGAGAGAAAGGCUUAUGAGCAGCGUCAUGUGCAGUUUUGA